AUGUUUCCUGGUUUGUUAAAGUUUGAAAAAGGUUUUGCUGAAACUGAUAAAUUAUGGGAAAGUAACAGGAAAGAAAGUAAACAUAUGAGAAAUAUACGUGUUGCUAGAUUAUUAAAUGACAUAUUCAAAGAGAAUUACAAUGAUGAAAAGACGGUAAUUAAUUUAAUCACCCAUAAAGGUGUCAUUAAAUCAAUUCUUCAUGUUGUAAACCACGAAAAAAUUGAUAUUCAACCUGGUGAAAUGUUCAUGGUGAUUAUUAAAAGAGUAGAAUUUGGCAAAGUGAAAUAUUCAGCUAAAGCUGAUUGGAUAUAUUUCAAAGAAAUUUGUCCUGAGUAUCCAAAAAACUUACCAUCACAAGAUGAAAGUAUUUAUGAAACUGAUUAA